AUGAUCUCACAAGAAAUUCUCUUUCUCUCUCCUUCCUCUCCCCCCUCCCUUUUUGUACUAUCCAAUUCUCAGCAACAGCCUGUCAAGCAGUCUUUGAGUGCCUCCAUGUUCAGAGAGUCCCACUGGAAAUGUCUCCUCCUCUCCGUGCUUAUGUAUGGCUGCCUGGGGGCUGUAGCUUGGUGCCAGCUCACACAAGUCACCAAGCUUAGUUUUGAUAGUUCUAUUAAAGGCAAGUCCAUGAUCUACCAUGAUAGCCCUUGCUCUGAUGGUUACGUCUAUAUCCCAUUAGCAUUUCUCACCAUGCUCUAUGCGGUUUACCUGGUUGAGUGUUGGCAUUGCCGGGCCAGAAGUGAGCUCCAGUACAAGGCUGAUGUGGAAAGUGUCUAUGACCGAAUUGCCCGAAUGAAGCAGGCCACACCAUGCAUAUGGUGGAAAGCCAUCAGCUAUCACUUUGUCCGACGAACCAGACAAGUGACUCGGUACCGCAAUGGUGAUGCUUAUACAACCACCCAGGUCUACCAUGAGAGGGUCAACACCCAUGUGGCUGAAGCUGAGUUUAAUUAUUCCCAUUGUGGCUUCAAGGACAUCUCUAAAGAACUCAUGGGCUUGGAGUGGUAUUCAGCCACAAAACUAAAAUUCACCAAGUGUUUCAGCUUUGCCAACACAGAGUCUGAGAACUCAUAUCUUACACAGAGGGCUCAUUUUUUCACAGAGAUUGAAGGGCUGGAUGACUACAUGGAAGUCAGAGAAGGCAUGCAGCUCAAAAAUAUUGACUUCAAAGAGAUCAUGAUGGCUUAUGGGGACCCAGAGCAUCUCCCAUGGUACGUGUCCCACUAUGCUUUCUGGGUGGCAGCUCUGAUGAUGCUUUCCUGGCCACUGAGAGUUUUCAUAGAGUAUCGGACUGCCUUCGUGCACUACCACGUGGAGAAGCUUCUUGGGGUAGAGUACAGAGUGCCACCCAUGGCAGAGGAGCCCUUGUACAGAUAUCGGAUUCCCAGGGUCAGCACUCAGGACAGCACUGAACUCGAGUGGCACAUCUGCACAAACCGGCAGCUGAUCCCCAGCUACUCAGAGGCCAUGCUCUUGGACUUGGCAAAUCCUUCCAUGUGCAAUGGCUACUCCAUGUGCAGAUACAGUGAGGUCACUCAUGGCUGCGAGCACUGCCAUCAUGCCUCCAGUACCUCCUCCAUCUUCUCUCGCCAUGCCUUUCACAGCUGCAGUGGAAACUCACAGCUCUCUCUCAACACCAGCCAUUUCUCCUUGUGCCGGAUUCAUGGCUCUCACAGGACAGGCCUUGGGAGAAGUCACAGCAGCAGCAUUGCUGACCGUGGAUGCCAGGACGACCAGUGCUGCUCCCACUCAAGCCAGCUGGCCAUCAACGAAAACCCACCCACUUACCACGAUGCUCGUUUCUUCCCGGUGCUAAUUGUACAUAGGCAUGAAAGGCAGGAAGGGAGGCAGUUCUACCUCCGCCGUGCAUCCUGCCUGGAAACUUCACUGUGA